AUGAGCCAAGAUGUGACCAAUGGCAACUGCACGUGGGGAAGCCUAGAUGCACCUGUGUUCCCCGACUACCUCCCGAGCAAUUCGUCUUUGCCAGGCAGCCAACCUCCUUGGGGACUUCGAUCCAAUCUCAGCAACGCCCCGACUACCUCAGAUAUCCCAGUGACGGGCGUCACUCGUUACUACGACUUUGACAUCCGCCGAGGCAUUCUUGCUCCUGACGGGUAUGAGAAGAGCGGCAUCUUCGCCAACGAGCAGUUUCCAGGCCCAGCCAUCGAGGCCAACUGGGGCGACUGGAUUGAAGUCCGAGUGCACAACAACAUCGAAAACGAGUAUGGUGCCGAGGAGGAGGGCACUGCCAUCCACUUCCACGGCAUCAGCCAGAGGGGAACACCCUGGUACGAUGGCGUGCCGGGUGUCACGCAGUGUCCCAUCGCGCCCAACUCGUCUUUUACCUACAAAUUCCGGGCGGACGUGUACGGCACCUCGUGGUGGCACUCCCACUUCUCGGCCCAGUACACCGCAGGUGUGUAUGGACCCCUGAUCAUCUACGGGCCCAAGCAUGUUGAUUACGACGUCGACCUUGGGCCAGUCAUGGUGGGCGAUUAUUAUCACAGCGAGUACCACGACGUCGUCGCCGCCGCCGCCAGCAACACGACUGACUUCAACAUCUACGUUCCUUGGUCUGACAACAGCCUGAUCAACGGCAAGAACAACUACAACUGUUCCUCCAACACUUCGGCGCCCGCAGCCCCCUGCAACGAUGAGGCUGGCCUCGCACAGUUCCAGUUCCAGCCGGGAAAGACGCACCGGCUCCGGCUGAUGAAUAUUGGCGCCGCCGCCCUGGUGCACUUUAGCAUCGACGGGCACAAGAUGCAAGUUAUAGCCAACGAUUUUGAGCCCCUCGUGCCGUAUGAGGCCGACUUCAUCACCCUGGGUGUCGCCCAGCGUACCGACAUCCUGGUGACGGCGGAUGCUGAUCCAGACCAGACCUACUGGAUGCGCUCGACCAUCACGCUGAACUGCUCCGUGACUCACAACGCUGAAGGUCUGGCUGUCAUCGGUUACGCAGGCCAUCAGCAGAUCAGCAACUACUCCUCGUCAAACCAGGACCUGCCGACCCCCCAGAGCAAUAUGACAGCCGCUGCAGCCGCCGCAGACGAGAAGACGUUCCUGUGCAUGAAUGACGACCUGUCCAAGACGGUGCCCUUCUUCCCCCAGUCUGUCAAUCCCGACCCAGACACAGUCGAGACCGUCACCGUCAACCUCUUCACAAACGCAACUGGAAACCACAUCUGGAUCAUGAACAACAAGACACAGUACACAGAUUACAACGCGCCAGCAAUGCUGCAGGCAGCGCAGGGCAACUACAGCUUCCCUGAGCCCGACGCCAACGUCUACAAUUUCGGCACCAACAAGACAGUGCGCAUCGUGCUCAACACCGUCUACCAGAGCGCACACCCCAUGCACCUGCACGGGCAGUCCUUCCAGGUGCUGGCUGAAGGGCCUGGGGCCUGGGACGGCAACACGUCUGCCAUCCUGGCGAAUCCGCUGCGCCGUGAUACACACAUGCAGCGCCGCUAUGGUCAUCUGGUGAUCCAGUUCGAGGCUAACAACCCGGGCGUGUGGUCGUACCACUGCCACAUUGCCUGGCAUGCAUCCAUGGGGCUUAAUAUGAUCAUCUUGGAGCAGCCUGAGCUGUUGCCCUCGGGACAGGUCUCGGCUGUUAUGCAGGAGACUUGUGCGGCGUGGGAUGCGUGGACGAACGCCAAUGUGGUGGAUCAGAUUGAUGCUGGAAUCUAG